AAUUAAUAUAAAGGGUAAUUUACUUUCGAAUUUUCAACUAAAUAAAUAAAAUUGCAUAUAAAAUGGCCCCCGUAUUAGUCACUGGUGGUACCGGUUACGUUGGUACAUUUUCCAUAGUCGACCUUCUUGAAAAUGGAUAUAAUGUUCGUACAACUGUGAGAAACCUUGGUAAAGUCGAAGAAUUGAAAAAGUCAAUCCUCAAACUCACCCCUAAACUUACUAGUGCCCAACUUGAAGAUAGGAUUUCCUUCUAUAAAGCGGACCUUACUUCUGAUGAAGGUUGGAAUGAGGCUAUCACUGGAGUUGAAUAUAUUCUUCAUGUUGCUUCUCCAUUCCCGAGUUACGAACCAAAGGAUCCAAAUGAAUUGAUUGUACCCGCUAGAGAAGGUGCUCUUAGAGUAUUACGUCUUGCAAAGAAGCUUGGUGUCAAGCGUGUAGUUCUCACAUCUUCUUAUGCUGCUGUCGGUUAUGGACACCCUAAUGGGUCAAAUCUCUCUGAAAAGGAUUGGACCAUUGUUGAAAAUACCGGAAGUGCUUACAUCAAAUCUAAGGCACUUGCUGAAAAGGCAGCUUGGAAUUUCAUUAACUCUCAAGAAGGUGACUCUCAUCCUCUUGAAUUGGUAGUUAUCAACCCUACUGGUAUUCUUGGUCCAAUCGUACCAGGAUCAUCCACCCUUUCCUCUUCAAUUGACAUCAUCACAAAGCUUUUGUCUGGUGAGAUGAAAUAUGGUGCCCCAAAAAUCUCAUUUGGGGUCAUUGAUGUCAGAGAUGUGGCUAAAUUACAUGUUGAAGCUAUAAAGAGUGAAAAGGCAAAGGGUGAAAGAUUCAUCUUGGUUGCUUCUACAAAGGAAGCUAGUAUACUUCAAAUUGCUAACAUUUUGAGACAAGGUCUUAAAUCUAAUGAUCCACGUAUCAACAACCUUCCCACUUGGGAACUCCCUUCCUGGUUACUUCGCUUGUUGCUGUAUGUGGUUCCAGAUAUCAAGGGAAUUGUUGGUUACCUUGAUGUCACCAACCAUUACAGCAGUGAAAAGGCUCAAAAGGUGUUCAAUUGGACCCCAAUUCCUCAAGAAAAAACUAUUUUGGAUACUGUUACAAGUCUUGAUGCUGAAUCGAAGAAAUAAAUGUUUAAUAAGCUAUUGACUGCUAGUUACGUUCCGAGAUUAUUUGAUAGUCCUGGUUUGUUUGUGUUUUUUUUUAGUUUUUUUUAUUAAUUGAAUGUGUAU